AUGGACCUCGAUCCACGGCUGCGACCCGGUGGCGAUGGAGGAGAGCUGGGCUCCUCCACCGCGACUAGGGUCGUGAGCAAUGCGUCGUCCGCCGUCGACCAGCAGCUCCAAGCUGCGGCGCACCGUGGCAGCGGUCGAGAUAACGCCGACACGCCGUCGACCGUGGGCAGCACGCCGGGGCAGCAUCACCAGUUCGACUAUGCGGACGCCGGCGCGGGCGGUGGAGGCGGCGGUGGUUCGGUGGCGGCCGGAAGCUCCAUCGGCGGCGACGCAGACCCAAACGGCGAUUCCAAGAAGUCGAGGGCGUGCGAGGCCUGUCGAGGACUCAAGGUCAAGUGCGAGCCGGAUCCCGUCGAGGGCGAGCCGUGCAAGCGGUGCAGAAAGGCCGGGCGGAGCUGCGUCGUCACGGCGCCGACCAGGAAGCGGCAGAAGAAGACGGACAGCCGCGUGUCGGAGCUGGAGAAGAAGAUUGAUGCCCUGACGGCGAGCUUGCAUGCGAGGGCGGGUGCUCCAAGCGUGCCUGCCGCUGGGCAGCAUCAGCAUCAGCAUCAGCAGCACCAGCACCAGCACCAGCAUCAACAUCAGGCUGAGCCCGUCGGUGGCGGAUAUCCUUCGAGCUGGAGCAGUGCGGGAACGGCGGGAACAGCAACAGCAGGAUUAGGAGGAGGAGCUGGUGUAGCGAGGGCGUGGGGAGGCAUGGCGGCAGGCAUGGCGGCAUCACCGAUGAUGCAGACGGCAUCAACUCCGCCAACACGAACGCCCCAGGACGAGUCAUCAGCGUUCCAGCCGCCGAUUGUCAUGGCCGGGCAGAAGAGAAAGGCCACCGAUCGAGACAGCGUCAGCGAGGAUCCCAAAGCCAUGACGCCGUCAGUGAGUUGGUCGGGCUUCUCCAGACCUACCGAAGGCGACAUCGUCGACCGCGGUAUCAUUACGAUGGAACAAGCCGCGGGCCUGUUCAACAAGUACAAGGAGCACAUGGUGAGACACCUGCCGGCUGUUGUGUUCCCCCAUAGUGCGACGGUGUUGGAGCUGCGCAAGACGAAGCCGACGCUGUUUCUGGCGAUUAUGGCAGCCGCCACGGGCGAGAACCACUCGAUCCAGCGAGUCUUACAAAAGGAGCUGAUGCAGCUCUUUGCCGAGAAGGUCAUUGUCACGGGCGAGAAGAAUCUGGAGCUGGUGCAGGCGAUCCAUGUGGCCGUCAUCUGGUACUGGCCGCCGGAGCAUUUCGAGGAGCUCAAGUUCUACCAGCUCGUCCACAUGGCCGCCGUCAUGGCCAUUGACAUUGGCCUUGGCAGGAAAAACACAUCGAAACGCGGGCCGCCGCCUUUCCGUCGCAAUCCGCCUCCCGACCCUUCCAGCAUCGAGUGUCGUCGAACGUGGCUGACCUGCUUCUUCCUGGCCCUCAACACAUCCAUGUCGUUGCACCGGCCAAACCUGAUUCGAUGGACGCCCUUUAUGACGGAGAGCUUGGAGAUUUUAGAGUCGUCACCCGAUGCCGCGCCGACGGAUAAGUAUUUCUCUCACUUGGUGUGGACUCAUCGUCUAGCGGAGGAGGUUGGCGAGCAGUUUUCCCUGGAUGAUCCUUCGAGCUUGGUCAACAUUACAGAUGCAAGGACGCAGUAUGCGUUGAGAGCUCUGGAGCGGGAUCUCGACAAGUACAUUGCGUCGGUUGCCAAAAACAUGAUGCAGCAGUGCUCGUUCAUGCUGACAGUUGGAAUGUUCGUUCCAUCAGCUACUCUUCGUCUUAAUUUCAACGUAGUCAAUCUCUAUAUGCACGAAAUGGCUCUUCACUCGGAGACCCUGUCUGACCAAUGGCGGCCGCCUUUCAACACAGAAGCCCUUAAAGAUGGCAUUGUCAACUCCGAGCCCCUCUCGGCCGCACAUAUCAACGCGCUUUCAGCGUGCCUGACAGCCAUUGACGGUAUUCUCAACACAUUCUUGUCUAUGGACGUCCUCAGCAUCCGCUGCCUCCCUGUCUUCAAUUUCAUGCGAGUGGCGUACGCUGUCGUCAUUUUGAUCAAGAUGUACUUUUCAGCUUCGAGCCCAGGCUCAGAAAUGGGCAGGGUUAUUCAUAAAGACAACAUGCGUGUUGAGUACUACCUUGAGACUUUGCUGGACAAGUUUCGAGCGACAGCCGCGGACAACAAGUACCUCGAAUCCGCCAUGGCGCCUGCUUUCCCGCCUUGGAUGUCCGUCACGCAACCCAUGGUGCCCAAUGAGCUGGACAUGGGGUCCAUGCCGGCGAAUUUCGACAUUGAGGGCUUGAAUCUGGCUGCGGCGGAUCUCCAGGACGUGUAUGAGAGUGGGGCCAAGAUUGUCAUGAACGAACCUUGGUUCAUGGAUGCGUUUCAGGGACUGCCUGAUCCCAAUCUUUUCCCUUUUUGA